AUGCCGGCCCAGUGGCUUUUGCUGGCGGCCCAGUCGCUUUUGCUGCUUCUCGGAUGCUUGUCGGUCGACGCUCACUCGUUCAAGACUUGCACGAAAGCUGAUCACGUGCGUGUACCGCUCGCGCGGAACAGACGUAGCUUCCGCCAGGUCGCAUUGAUCUACCGCAAUCGAUAG